GCGGCCCCGGCGGCGGGAAGGGCCCCGGGUUCUGCGCGGGGAGGCCGGGCCAGCGCCGGAGACCGCUGCUCCGCGGGGAACCUUCCCCUCCGCGCCCCGGCCCCCCGGGACAGCGGGGAGCAGCGGAGCCGCGAUGGACUCCGGCAGCGAGACCCACGAGCUCAACGGGCAGGCGGAGGGCGCGGAGGCGGCGGCCGAGGAGCGGCACAGAACGUCACAGUGGUUCCAAAGGGACAGACCCAUCAACAUCAACCACUAUGCCAACAAGAAGAGCGCCGCCGAGAGCAUGCUGGACAUUGCCCUGCUGAUGGCCAACGCGUCCCAGCUCAAAGCCGUGAUGGAGCAAGGGCCUUCUUUUUCCUUCUACAUCCCGCUGAUCAUUCUUAUCAGUCUGUCACUCACCCUGCAAGUUAUGGUGGGAGUGCUCCUGAUAUUCCUUGUAAAAUAUGACCUUAACAACCCUGCAAAACAUGGAAAGCUGAACUUCCUCAACAACCUUGCAACUGGACUAGUAUUCAUUAUAGUAGUUGUGAAUAUUUUUAUCACUGCCUUUGGAGUGCAGAAACCAGUUGCUGAGUCAGCACCAAGACAGUAAGGACCAGGGACCUGGAGCAUUCAUUUUAGAUGCCAUUUGCAGUUGAGCCAGUUACACUGGACACAGUGGGAAAGGAAAAAGAAUCUGAAGAAGCUGGACACACCAAGCAGCUUUCUCAAGUUUCCAACACAUUUGUAUACCUAAAAUUUUCCCAUGUGUUAAUAUUUAAACUGUUUGGCAUCUAAGAAAAGGUUGAUUUGUCCCCAAGGACACUGUCUUUCUGGAAUAUUGGCAUUUCAGUUUCUGGAGAAACUUCAUUUUUUUUCAGAGAAGUGACAUAAGCUCAUGAAACAAGGAAAUAUCAUCUGGUAGCACUUCACAGGACUUCUCUUUUUACAUGCCUUUGGUUUUUGUGGCAAUUUGUCAUUUCCACCAUGGUAAGAAAUGUCAGGCCUUUGAUUCUGGCAUGGUCACACUGUCCUUUAUUUCACAGCUUGGCACCAAGCCCACGUACUCUGUAGCCCAGCAGGGCUCUUCCUUUGCAGCCUGUAAAGGUAGCUGUGCCUUGUCUUUCUUUCCACUCUAGCUAAAGCAAAGAUGAGACAAACAGAAACAAACAGCAUUCUUUUGUCCAGUUUCCUGUUCUUCCUGCACAGACACAAAUAACCUAAUUGCUAAUAGUUUCUUACCAUGAACUGCUAUUCUGUGUAUUCUUAUAUGUAUUUAUUUGAAUCCUAGAGUAGUUCAAGGGGCCUUUAAAGGUCAUCUCAUCCCACCCCUGCCAUGGGCAGGGACACCUUCCACUGUCCCAGGCUGCUCCCAGCCCC